AUGCUAAGAAUUUACAGUUUAUUAUACUUUCUUUUGACGACUCUAUCAAUUUGUCAUGCAGAAAAGGGCGCUAACAAGGACUUGAGUUUUUACGAAUAUACUGAAAAAUCAUUAUUAUGGGCACCAUACAGAUCUAAUUGUUAUCUCGGCGUAAGACCAAGAAAUAUUGAUCAAAGUCCACUUGUCGUUGGUCUAAUGUGGUUCGAUUCUUCUGUGAAUGAUGGCCUAAAUAGAUUGAGACAUUUUGUUGACCAAAAUGAUGGAGUUAAGCAAUACACUUGGGAAGUGUACGACCCAAGACUAGGUGGUAAGGAAGUUAUUAUUGAUGAAGAAAACAAUUUAAACCUCACCCUUUAUUUUGUUAAAAGCCAAGAUGGCGAAAACUGGUCCAUUAGAGUUCACGGUGUACCAAUUGACACUUCUCGUAAGCAUACUGCAUCAGUUGUUCUAUACCUAAGUCAAAACGGUGAAAAUGAUGGUGAAUCACAAUUAAUAAGAUUAGGUAAUGGAAAUGAUAUAGAGUUCGUAGGUCAUUCUAAAGAAAUGGGUAAAUAUAAUAUUAAGCUAUUUGACAAUUAUGGUAAAUAUGCUGAAGCUGCUAAUUUUGAGAAUUUAGAUAAUCCUGAAAUAUAUGAGGGAUUAGAUUGUUCCAAGACAGCUCAUGUAUCAUUACAUGUUCCUGAUGAAGAAACCUGGAAGGCACGUGAUAUUUUCCAAUCUAUACUAUCUGAUUCUGCUACUUCAGCUGCACAGGCAUUACAAGGUGAAGUUAAUCCAGAUUUUUUGCCAAGUUUAUUAACUGUAAGAAACAUUUUCCAAUUUCAACCAGGUAAUUUCCAUUUUAUUCAAAAGACGUUUGAUAUGUCAAAUCCAGAAGGGUUUGAAUUUGAUGUUGUUUAUAACGCAGCUAAGUCACCAAAUAAAUUACGCAAAUCCAAUAGAGUUACUAAUUUAAUAACUUCGACAUUAAAUGAAAUCCAGGCCAGGUUUAACAGACAUUUUGAUCUAAAGGGACAAGAUGAGGAACAUCGUGUUUUUGCGUUGCAAACAUUAUCAAAUCUAUUAGGUGGUAUUGGCUAUUUUCAUGGUACUCAGAUUGUGGACCGUGUCACCGAAUUUAAUGAUGAAACAUUUGAGCCAACAACUUUUAGCCAUGCUAAAGAAGAAAGCCCAUUGAGUCUAUUCACAAGUGUUCCUAGCCGUGGGUUUUUCCCACGUGGGUUUUACUGGGAUGAAGGUUUCCAAUUAUUGCAAAUUAUGGAAUAUGAUUUCGACCUUGCAUUUGAAAUUAUUACCAGCUGGUUUGAUUUAAUUGAAGAUGAUAGUGGUUGGGUAGCAAGAGAAGUUAUUUUGGGUGCAGAAGCAAGAAGUAGAGUUCCAGAAGAAUUUACUGUUCAAAGUCCAAACGUUGCCAAUCCGCCUACUCUGUUAAUGACUUUUAGUGAGAUGCUUUCUAGAGCUAUUGAUUAUCAAAAUAGUGUUAAUUUCAACCAAGAUAAAGAAUCAAAUGAUAAUCAAGAAAAAACAUUACGUGAAGACACAAAUCAAUUGGAACAAAACUCUAAAUUAUUAGUGAAAUAUGCUAAAAGAAUCUAUCCAAAACUAUUAAAACAUUAUGAAUGGUUUACCACUUCUCAAAAGGGAUUGACUGAAGAUUAUGUUGAAGUAUUUGAAGAAGAAGGUAUAUUAUCUAAGGUUCAUCUAGAUCAUGUUUAUAGAUGGCUGGGUCGUACCGUUACACACUGUUUGCCAAGUGGGUUGGAUGACUAUCCAAGAGCCCAACCACCAGAUGCUGCAGAAUUAAAUGUUGAUACAUUAGCUUGGGUUGGUGUUAUGACAAGAUCAAUGAAACAAAUUGCGCAUGUCCUUGGAGCUGAAGAUGAUGAAAAACGUUACUUGAAAAUUGAAAAAGAUAUCAUUCAAAAUUUGGAUAACAUUCACUGGAGUGAUAAAGAUAAAUGCUAUUGUGAUGUAACAUUAGACGACUAUGAAGAUGAACGUCAAUUUGUUUGUCAUGAAGGCUACAUUUCCUUGUUACCAUUUGCAUUGAAAUUGAUCCCAAAGGACUCUAUUCAUUUGGAUUCCAUCAUUGAAUUAAUGUCAAAUGAAGAGAAAUUAUUUACGGACUAUGGUUUAGUAUCAUUAUCUAAACAAGAUGAAUAUCAUGGUAAAGGAGAAAACUACUGGAGAGGGCCUAUUUGGGUUAACAUAAAUUAUAUUUGUUUAGAUGCUUUAAGAUUCUAUUAUCCGGAAGUCAUUACCAAUGAUUCAAAGGGAAAUAGUAAAGCAAUGAAGCUGUAUAAUGAAUUAAAGAAUAAUUUAAUUGAUAACAUUUUUGAAAACUGGCAAGAAACAGGCUACGUUUACGAAAACUAUAACCAAAACGAUGGACGUGGCUCAGGCGCCAAACAAUUUACAGGUUGGACAGCUUUGGUAGUUAACAUGCUUGGUCGUAUGUAA